GUGAUUCGCGUUUUGACUAAUCAACCUCAUUCACAUCGCAAAUUCCGAGUUUUGGCAUUAUCUGCUUCGCCGGCCACAGAUCUUCAAGGAUUGCAGAUCAUCAUUGCUAAUCUUCUUAUAUCACAUCUGGAAAUCCGUAAUGAGUCUAGUAGUGAUAUACAAAAAUACGUGCAGAAACGAAAUCUGGAAACCAUAAUUGUUCCCCUUGGACCGAAUUUGUUGAAAGUCCGUGACCAACUUUCUGAACUUAUAAACAUGCCUUUGAAAAGACUUAAUCAACGCGGCGCUAUUUGGCGGAAUAGCGGUUAUGCCUCGAAACCUGAACACCUGUCGAAGUUUUCUCUGAUCAAGGCUAGACAAAGUUGGCUCCAAAUGAACUCAACAAAACAAUUUCCUUCAUCAGAUUUUUCCAUUAUUCAACGAGAUUUUGCCCUCGCCAUUUCAUUGCUUCAUGCCUUGGACUUACUGAUACAACACGGUUUGCGUCCUUUGUAUCAUUUUCUGUACGAAAAUUUGUCAGGCACGCGCCAUGGCUCUAAUCAUAUGCUUGAACUUCGCAAGCUUCCUCAAUUCACCAAGAUCUGGACUUUUCUAUCUGAUCACUUUUCAUCUUCCAUCGAUGAGGUUUAUAAAUUAAAGGCAAUCAGUGACACUGGGGCCCAGCUUAUGAAUUCUCAGACUUCUUUUAUACCUGGUCAUCCCAAAUUGGAUACGCUGAAGUCUCUCCUCAUUGAACACUUUACUGGCACUCGACAAACCGGAAUAUAUUGCCCCAACAUUAUGGACACAAGAGCAAUCGUAUUUACUCAGUACAGAGACUCUGUUGACGAGAUUAUGCAUAUGCUCAAGCAGCUCCGUCCCUUGAUUCGGCCUGCUAGCUUUAUUGGUCAAUCCGCACCUUCCUCGUUUCUUGCCUCUCCUGGUUUCCAUGACGUGCGUGCUGAAAUAAUAGCAGAUGCUACGAACGAAAAUUUGCAAGCAGAUUGCCCAGACAAAUUCGCUUCAUCUACUUGCAACGCUCCACCAUCGCCCACCCUAACUGGUAACAUUUUUGGGGCGUCUCGUAUGGGAAAAUCACAAAGGGACCAGAUGCGAGUGCUAUCUGCAUUUAGGACUGGCAUAUUUAACACUUUGGUGUCUACAUGUAUUGGUGAAGAGGGAAUUGACGUAGGUCAGGUUGACCUUAUUGUCUGCUUCGAUGCCCAUAAAUCUCCGAUCCGACUCGUCCAGCGAUUGGGAAGAACUGGCCGGCAACGUGUUGGCAGGAUUGUUAUCUUAUUAACUGAGGGCAAAGAGGAAGCAAAUCAUGCUAUAAGCGUAGCUCGUAUUUCCUCUGGUAUACUGGAUACCUCUGCUAGCAACUUAGCUUUCUAUCCUCAAAAUCCUCGUAUGGUGCCAAUUGAAUUCACACCAAAGGUUGAAAUGGUUAGCUUUAAUAUUAAUCCGAUCCUUCUUCAAGAUAGUGACUUAAAAGAUUUAGACGGUGAAUGCACUAACCAAAAGCUACUCUCUGAACGUAUUAGGAAACCUAAGUUAUCUGCUGCAUUUGUUAAGCAGGAUAAAUUCUGCGAUCUUGUGCAAUCGCAUAUCGAAGCCAUUGGUUUUAAUUGGCUGAAGCUUCACAUGUAUCCUCUUGAGUAUAGUGAAUUGGUGCUUACCAACAAGCAUAAUUCAACUUCAUCAUUUAUUUAUAAUUACCCAAAUGUGAUCAAAAGCCGCUGUUUCUCGGCUUGUCGUGAGAGGCUUUCUUCCAAGCCAUCCCUUUCUUCCAUCCAUUUUGUAUCUUGUUUGCGCCUCUCUGAAUUGCAUCGAAAAGGAGCUACGCAGCUUAGCUUCCAUGCCAUGGGGUACCGAAACGUUGAUACAGAAACUCCUUUUUCUGUGCUCCUUGAAGAGUAUUCUGCAUUAUCACAAUCAUCGACUCAACGAAGCGAACCCCCUUUGAAACCAAUAAUUUCUCAUAUGAGUCCACUUUAUGAAGCAAGGAAUUUUCCUACUGAUGUAAUACUCCCUGCUGUCUUCACUGGUAUUGUUUCAACUGAACUAAUAUUUAUACCGAAAAUUCCUUCAGUGCCCGGUAUCUCAGCCAAUUUAAAAGCACUACAAUUAUAUCUGGUUGAUUCAAGCGCGAAAAUUAACCUGGAUAUAUCUCGUAGUGAACAGGCCUAUGAUUCCCUUUUAACUUCUCUCUUGACCUCCACUGACUCUUUAACCACUACUAAUCUUGAUUCAUACAAUUUCAAUCAUUCUUCAAGAUUUAAUCCCCAAACUCUUGAUUAUGCUUUCGAUUCAAAGGUUGCAUUAAGCGAAUCAUCCCCGAACACUCAUUGUCCUUCUGUCUUGAAGUCACUUACUUCUUCAUUUGGCUUUCCCAUUCCGCUACGCUUUGAAGGACCUGUAAACAGCACCCCAACUAGAGGUUGGAAAGAUACUAGCCCUAUUCGUCCCACAGGUAAUCUUUCUUCCACAAUGCAGUUAAGCUUCACUCAGGCUCUAUCACUUUUGGAUCAAUCGAGUAUGCAUUUGUUGACCGAUGAUUUGAAUCUUCCUUCACCCUCAAAAAAAAUUACCAUCCAUGAAGGGUUUUCUAAAUGCCUUAUUUCUAAUUUUAACCGGUCCGCAGACAUCGAUGCUAAGCUUAAACUUGACUUUUGUUUUGAUGAUAAUCCUCAUAGUUCUGUACUUUCUGAAUUAAAAAAUUGUGAUCUAGAUGCGGAUAUUGAGAGACAACCUAUUUCUUCAGAGGGCUCUUUUGCUAACAUAUCAAAUAUUUUUGCUGAGAAUAACGAGAUUUCAUCAAAGAAAACAUCCAAAGGUACCUUGAAACUAGUGGUAGAUCCACAUGAAGUUAAUUCGCCAGUACUUUCUUCAGCAUUGCCUUCCCAGGAUAAUUCGACUCCCACUAACACUAUUUCACCUCUAGCAGAUAAACGGUGCCAACAUAAAAAACGCCUGCUUCUGACGCCAGAUUUGAUGAAUGCGAAUCAUGAGGUCUCCGGAAAUGCGGUCAAUUUUGGCACUCGUAAACGUCUUCGAUUUUUGGAUCUAAUUUUCUCCCAGGCAGAUGCCACCGGAUCUGAUUCUGACGAGGGUAGCAAAGUUUCACUAGGCGAUAACUAUGACUCAAGCUUUAUUGAUGAUCGUGAUUCUGAUGAUUUGUCUGCAGAAGGAAGUUCACCAGUCCUAGAUCGCUCAUCGAUGCAUGCUGUCUUUCUUCAAUCACUUAACAGCCCUAAAAAAUCUCAUCCUUAUUCAAAGGGAUAA